AUGUUGAUGAUGUUUGAAAAAGGUAUUCGGGGAGGAAUAUCACAUGUAUCAAAGAGAUAUGCAGAAGCAAAUAAUAAAUACAUGAAAGAUUACGAUCCUGAUAAACCUUCUACUUACAUUCAAUACCUUGAUGCAAAUAAUCUUUAUGGAUGGGGAAUGUCACAAUCACUUCCCACACAUGGAUUUAAAUGGAUGAAAAAUUUAACAAAAGAAACUAUAAUGGAUAUAUUGGAGAAAGCAAAUCAUAGUAUGAUAAAUCAAAGGAAUAAAAAAGGAUAUAUAUUUGAAGUAGAUUUGGAAUACACCCCUGAUCUAUGGAAAUCACAUAAUGACUAUCCUCUAGCACCUAAGAAAAUGAUUGUUAAUGGUGUUGAAAAACUAAUUUGUCAUUUUAAACCCCGAAAAAACUAUGUUGUACAUUACCGAAAUCUAAGGCAAUAUCUUGAGAUGGGAAUGAGACUAACUGCUGUUCACAGAGGAAUAUCUUUUAAUCAGAGUUCUUGGAUGGAACCUUACAUCAGAAAGAAUACUGAACUUAGAAAAACAGCAGCCUACAGUUUUGAAAAAGACUUUUUUAAACUGAUGAAUAAUUCCGUAUUUGGAAAAACAAUAGAAAACAUAAGGAAAAGACAAAAUAUAAUACUUGUUGAUAAUCGUGCCAAAGCUGCAAAAUUAGCAAGUUGUCCAAACUUUGAUAGGGCAACAAUAUUUGACCGUAAUCUUAUUGCAGUACAUAUGAAGGAAACUGAAGUAUAUUUUAACAAACCAGUAUAUGUUAGACAGGCAAUACUGGAUCUGUCAAAAACAUUAAUGUUUGAUUUUCAUUAUAAUUACAUCCAAAAGAAAUAUACAGAUGCAGCAGAGUUGUUAUUUACAGAUACUGACUCACUGUUGUACCUUAUUCAUACGGAUGAUUUUUACAAAGAUAUAUCAAAAGACAUAGAAACCAAGUUUGACACAUCUGAUUAUCCUCCUAACCACCCAUCCGGUAUAGAAACAGGAGUUAAUAAGAAAGUAAUAGGAAUGUUUAAAGAUGAAGUAGCUGGUCGUCAAAUUACUCACUUUGUCGGUCUUCGUUCGAAGAUUUAUAGUUUCAAAGUUGAAGACACGAGCAAAGCGAGUGAGCCGGGGUUAACUAAAAAGUGUAAGGGGAUAAAGAAGAAUGUAGUUAAAAAGGGUAUAACAUUUGAAGAUUAUGUCCAGUGUUUAUUUUCCGGUGAAAACAAAUGAGAUCAAUGAAAAUUAUUGAAAGCGAAAAUCAUGAUAUUUACUCAAAGGAAGUAAAUAAAAUUGCUCUGAGUAAUGAUGACGACAAACGCAUUUUGAUAGAGGACAAAGUAAAAACAGUUGCUUUAAGAUAAUUAGAUAAAAAUAAAAAAAAAAUGUCUUACACAAAAGAGGAAAUAGAACGCUAUCUAGAAAUAUUAAGAAGUUACAAUAUCACCUUCAGCGCCUCUACCAACCAAGCAGUAAGGGAAGUUAGAUGUUGGAAUUGCCAAAGUGAUUUUUUUGUGUGCAUUCAGGUUAUAACAUUUGUGACUCCUGUGGGGGAGUAAAUGGUCAUGUUUUGGGGUAUUAUGAUCCAAAAGAUUAUUAUCGAUUACAUUUUCGACAGAAGAUUAUUUAUCAGACAAAGUAUCAUUACAAAAAAAAAAGAUUGAUCAAGUUUCUAAAAGAUUACACCUGA